AUGUCGCCCAGCUCCACCUCUUGGUCAGCCGCUGUGGCCACUGUGGCACGCCAUUGUCACGUCACUAGCACCACGGCUGUGGCCAUUGCAUAUCAGUCAACGCAAACACUUCCGCGCAGCCACACAUCAUCAGAAGCAUCGAUACUCAGCCAAUCGACCGUCGACAUGGAGCCAAUAUCCAGCUUUGUGUUCAGCAACGAGGGCGACCAGCAAACCUUCCAUCAUCAGUGGUACGUGGAGGGGCAGCUGCAUGAGUGCAGCACCUGCCGCAGCAGCAUCGACGCGGACGAGCCGCCCAGCCAGCACUGGCUGCGCCGUGGCGAGCAGCAGCAGCCGCAGCUCACCAAGCAGCAGCAAGCCGUCCUGGACAUCAUUGAGGCGCGGCAGCUGGAAACGUUCUUCUUCUGCGAUGAGAGUGCACAGCAGAAGCUGGACGAGUUUCUGGCCGAGACGUGCAGCACGUCGGUGCCCGAGCUGCUGCGCUGGAUGUUCCACAAUGGCACGCAGCGUCUGGAGUUCCAGGUGGCCUGCUAUGUUCUGGUGCAGAAUCAGGUGCACAUCUGCCAGAGUGGCACGGUGGUGGUGCAGCAUCACUAUGAUAUCGAGGAAUGCGUGAGCGUUGUCUACGAGCUGCUCACCCAGCGCAUCCAGAACUAUCUCUGCAGCAGCCACGAUGUGAGCCUGGAUGAGUGCAGCAUCACGCGCAUUCGCGUUCAGCUGAAGAGGAAGCGGGAGGAGAGCGAGACGCUGAGCGCGAACAGCCUGGCCACACUCCCACUGGCGCUGCAGCUCAGCCACAGCAGCAGCACCACCACUACCACCACCACCACCAGUGAAUCGGAAUUGGCCAGCCUGCGGGCAGUCUAUGUGAAGCAUCAGCGCGAAUGCAACGGCUACUUUCCGCCCAACAUGCGCGUCAAUCUCUACGGCCUGCAGCAGUGCCUGACCACCAAGGAGCUGUACGUGGUGCCGUAUCACAUCAGCGAGACGCUGCAGCAGCGACCCAACAAGAACUUUCUCAUACUCAACGAUAUCAUGGGCCGAUUCCAGCGACUGCACGAGCUGCACACACCCAUCCAGCCGAGUCGCGGUCGCUCCCGUCCCUACAAAUGUCGGCGGUGUCGGGCGCUGUUCAAGAAACGCAGCCGUCUGCACAUCCAUCAGCAAUUGCGCUGCGGCCAGGAUUUCAGCUUGGACAGCAUUCAUCCGGACAUUGUGGAGGUCUACGAGCAGUGCCUGCCCGUCUCACGCAGCCCCUCCCAGUACACCUGCUACGGUGCCACCAAGCCCAAGACGGUCAUCCGAAAGGGCCAAUUCGUGCCCAUCGAGUGCGACUGGCGACGCAAGAGCUCCGUCCAGGUGCAGCACGGUCCCUGUGUGGUCAUUAGCAAUGCUCAGCUCAGCAGCCCCUGUAAAUAUCUAUAGACCUAAGACUUUGCUCAAUAAAUCAAUACUAGGCACCCUA